CCUUCGUCACUUCCGGUCCGUCCGAGUCCUGCGCUCCCUGCUGGGGGAGGGGAGAGCCGAGCCCGGCGUUAACCCCUCCCUGCCCGGCCGCGGCUGCCUGCAGCUGGGACCCCCCUCGCCCUUCUGGCCCUGCCAGGCUGCAGAAUGACGUCCACAUCUCCCACCAGCUCAUCCCAGCCUCCCAUGAGACAAGGAAGAAAAAUGGCUGCAGUGGAGUCAGUUCAGGGUUUACAGUUUCCAAACCUUAUGUGAUCUCCCAGCUGGAACAAGGGGAAGAGCCGUGGGUCUCAGACUUCCAGGGUUCAGAGGAAAGAGAGAUCCUAAGAGGUCCCUGCACAGCAGGUGAUGCGAUGCUGAGUGAAAAUGAGGAGCAGAAUUCUCGGCAGGAAGAUGCUGAGCAAGUGGAACCACACAGAGCAUUAACGCAAACAUCCGAAGGGAAUGUCUCCAGGAGUCGUGAGCAGGCAGAAUCCUGUCAGAUUCAUCAGACACCAGAGAGAGAGCAGGGGAAACAGCCAGGGGAGAAAUCAGAUAAAUUCAUUUGCUCUCGAGGAACUCACAAGGACCUCAAGGAAACCACAGCCCAGCAGAAAAUCCUCAGGGAUCAGAGAAAAAAUGCAUCCACUGAGGGUGGGAAAAGCUUUAGGGACCACUCAGUCCUUCAUGCGCAUCAGAGAAUACACAGAGGAGACAGACCCUAUGUGUGCUGUGAGUGCGGGAAAACCUUCAUUCGCCGGGCUCACCUUAUUACACAUCAGAGGAUCCACACAGGUGAGAAACGCUAUGAAUGCUGUGAGUGCGGGAAAAGCUUCACUGAUCUCUCAUCCCUUAUCUCUCAUCAGAGAGUCCACACGGGAGAGAGACCCUAUGAAUGCUGGGAGUGCGGGAAAAGCUUCUCUCAGAGCUCAACCCUCAUGACACAUCACAGAAUUCACACAGGACAAAGACCCUACGAAUGCUGUGAAUGCGGAAAAACCUUCACUCAGAGCUCACACCUUACAAUACAUCAGAAAAUACACACAGGAGAGAAACCCUAUGUAUGCUGUGAGUGUAGGAAAAGCUUCACUCUGAGGUCGCACCUCCUUCGGCAUCAGAGAAUCCACACUGGAGAGAAACCCUUCGAAUGCUGCGAGUGUGGGAAAAAUUUCACUCUGCACUCAGACCUUACCACGCAUCAGAGAAUCCACACGGGAGAGAGACCCUACGAAUGCUGUGAGUGCGGGAAAAGCUUCACUCGGAGCUCAGCCCUGACUAGACACCACAGAAUCCACACGGGAGACAGACCCUAUGAAUGCAGUGAGUGCGGGAAAAGCUUCACUCGGAGCUCAGCCCUGACUAGACAUCACAGAAUCCACACGGGAGACAGACCCUCUGAAUGCUGUGAAUGCGGGAAAAGCUUCACUCAGAGCUCAGCCCUUAUCUGUCAUCAUAGAAUCUGCAAGGGAGCUAAACACCAUAAAAACCUCUAGAUCUAUCAAAAUGUUUAUUUUCUUGAAUAGUUUUCCUAAUUCCCAUGUAGUAACCUUUAAGGCUGUUUGAACCAUCUGCACCACCAUUAUCCCUCAGUUUGUCCAAAAGAGGUGCCCAUUUUUGCCUUUUGCGGUUUUGUAGUUUGCCCUGUUUUGGAGUGGACCCAGUUAUCCUUGCUAUCAACUCCAUUCUCCCAGGAGUAAUGGGAGUGGGUCCAUCCUUCUGUGAUGGAGUAGGGGCUGUCUGUGUGGGGAGUGGGAGAGCAGGGGAGGACUUUAGGGGAUGGACGAUGCCAGG